CGUGCGGGCGCCUGGCAUGGGGCGCGGGGCUGCGGCAGCGCUGCUGCCCUGCCUGCCGACCUGCCUGCUGCCCUGCCUGCUGGCCGCGCUGCCCCUGCGCUGCACAGGCCAAACUAAUCUGAAGAGUCCACAGGAUAUUCAGGUCUAUAUUGUAAAUACAAAUUUCACUCUAAGGUGGAACUACACUGGGAAUGAUACCAAUGUGACAUUUUCAGCACAAUACCGGUGGUCUGAAGAUUAUAAUGUAAAUGAAACAGAAUGGAAGGAGUUGCCUGGGUGUCAAAAUGUUACUGGCAUGAAAUGUGACUUUUCCUCAGCAAUAACUGAAUACUAUGAUACACAUCAUGUGCGUAUAAGGGCAGAAAGAAGGGAAGAAGUGUCUCCAUGGUCUAGCAUUUUUGAAAUGAUUCCAUAUUUUAUAGCUGAGAUUGGUCCCCCAGGAAUAGAGCUGAAGUCCACAAAUGGAGUCAUAAAAGUUAAGGUUUCUCCUCCAGAAGCAAAUCAGGUCCGAAAAAUGUGGCUUGCUGAUAUAGCUUUUAAAUAUAAUGUAGUUAUCUGGGAAAAUUCAUCAAAUGCAGAGCUCAGAACUCAAAGUAUUUUACCUACUGACAUAAUUGAUGAUCUUGCACCAGACACUACCUAUUGUUUGAAAGUUCAAGCAACUCUUGCUUUGGAAUCACAAGAAGGUUUAUUCAGCCCCGUUCAUUGUAUAAAAACUACCCGCAAAGUGAAUGACCUAUUCUGUGCAACAAAUGUGAGUGUUCUUGCUUUGAAUAUGAAAUUUCAUCUGCAUUGGAAUAAUCAGUAUAAACUGCACGUGAGCUACAAUGUGCAGUAUCUAAUUGGGUAUCUGAAGAAACUUCAUGAUGACUACUCGAUGAAGUGGGUCAAUGUACCUGGAUGUGAAAACAUCACUGAUACACAAUGCAAUUUCUCAUCUAUCAUAACUACUACUUCUGGAUUUUAUUAUCUCCGUGUACAGGCCAUGAGUGAAUAUAAUAAAACAUGUUUCUCCAAUGAAGUAAAAAUAGAUCCUCUGAUAACAAAUGAAAUUGGCCCUCCUGGUGUAAAGGUGGACAUCAGUGAUGUUUUGCUCCAUAUCCAGAUUUCUCCCCCAGGAGGACCGGAGAGUGAAGUAAUGAGGGACCAUUAUGACUUGUCUUACCGGAUUCUGUAUUGGAAGAAUUCUUCAAAUAAUGAGAAGGAAAUCAAAAUAAAAGAGAUCAAGCAGACAAUAGGGACAGUCUCUGAUCUAACACCCUCAACUUUGUACUGUGUGAAAGUACAAGCAUUCUCAGAAGUUUACAACAAAAGCAGUUAUUUCAGUGAAGAGGAAUGCAUCAAAACACGUGGAGGUAACUUUUUACCUCUGAUAAUUUUAGCAAGAUUUAUAGCUGCCCUGUUUGUUGUCUUGGUUGUGGCUACACUGCUUGGUUUUGUCCUGUAUCAAGUCUACAGUAAAAGCAAAUACAUGUUCUUUCCAUCAUGUCAUCUUCCUGUGAGCCUAGAGGGUUUUGGAGAACAGGUCUUAAGUCUUCUCUCAAUUAAAGAAGAACCAGUAGAAAAGUGUUCUAUAAUUGAGACCAUCACAGAAGAAGUGAAUCAAUUGGAUUUUAAAGACUACAAACAUUCUAAACAGAGCAGUCAAGAUUCGGGGAAUUAUUCUAACGAUGAUGAUACUUCAGUGAGCAAAGUGUCAGAAGAAACACUAGGAAAGCAAAUAGCAUAACUUUUAAGAAAGUGAAAUUCAUGUAUGGGACUGGCAGUAUAAUAAACACUUAAGUAUUUUUUAUUAUGCCUAAGGAAGACAGUGCAACUUUGGAAUCAUUGUCUUCAGGCUUUUAAAUCUGCACUUUGUUAGUGCGACGUUACAAACCUUCUCUGCUGCAAGCUGACUGCAGUUAAAACACAGUCAGGUCCUCCUACCCUACACCAUUUCGACUGCCAUUUCAUUGUAUGAUAAAAAGAAUAUCAUCUGCAUAAAGAGGAGCAGAUUUGCACACUUUAUAUACUUGAACCUCAGAGAAAGCCUACUCUGUUCCACAGGCAGAGUUUCUCUCUAUCUUAGAGGUGUUGUUUUGUGCUUGUUUCUUUAAUGCCAGUGUGUAUUGUGAAAGAAACUGUAAAUUCCAAUUUUGAAUCUUACAAUGUUUACACAGGCAGAAGGAAAGUGAUGCUGGGUAGAAUUUUAAGAGCUGUUCUGAUGCUCUCUUCCAGUCCGCUCAGGGCAGUUCUUUUUGGCUCAGCAGGUCCAGAGCAAAAGAUGGUAGAGACCAACAGUAGUAGCUGCAGUGAGGUGGGUCCUCUGAGCCUCCUUGUAGAAUUCCUUGUGGCCACAGCUGCAGGAUGCUCCUAGUGCUACUUGUUUGUAUCCCUGCAUCAGGGUGCUUAUCUGGGCAAGUAUGAGGAUGGGAAAAGGCAGGAAGGAGGUUUACUUUAUAAUAAAGAAAAAUUUCAUAGUGGAAGUUCUUUGUAAAUAGUGGUUGGGUCAAAUUGUUUUGCACUGCAUUUAGGAUUAAAAAACCCUACAAAUGUCUGAGCCAGAGGUACACUGCAAGAAGAAACUGUUACUUAAAAUGACAAGGCAUGUUAUGAGGCAUAUUCUUAAUUAACUUUUUUUUUUCCCCUGUGGCUACGUAACCAGAAGUGUAAAAUAUUUCCUCCUAAUUGAACUGUAUUUAGAAAUGUGACUCUCUUUUAACAAGGAGAAAACUUCUGUCAUUCGAAGGACUCAUGUUGAAUUUAGAAAAAGCUUUUUAACAGAAUGGUGAGGAUACUUGUCAUUCAAAGCUUUUUCAGCUUAGUCUCACUUUGCCAACAGACUUUUCUUUGUCCAAACUGUAAGGAUAUGUGAUACAAUAAUGUUUUAAUUCUGAAGUAAUUUUUUUAAGUAGCUUAUUUUUUUAUGAAGAACUAUUUAGAGUAAACUGAGCUUCUUGUAGGCUGCUGCUUACUGUAACAAGCAACGAUUAGUGUUUAUAUAGAGCUUAUUUUUAAUUUUAAAGAUGUGAUCGAAUUUUAUAAAUUUUAUGUCCCUGUGUUCAUUGAAGAACAAUAAAUUUUGCAUUUUUACUUCUUUA